GAAAUCAUUAAUGUGGGACAAACUAUCAAACUCCGGGGAAGCCCUAAAGCUUCUGGUACCAAGCUAUAAUCGAAAGGUUAUAAGUGGCAGAAGUAAUUACUCUGGUAAGGUAACAAGUCAGAAGAUGAGUGAAAACGAAAUGGGUAAUCGCGGAUCUAAAUCAGUAAUGCAUAAAAAUAUUACUGUAAAAGAGCAACGAGUAUACGGUAGUUGGCGUGGUAAAAAUUUACCUAGCUUAAGAUGUACUCUAAUGGGCUUCGAAAGAAGCUAUCCAGUAAAAAUCCUUUCUAACCAAAUUCGCUUACCGUUAUCUAGAGAAUUUACAUCAGUAGCGUCUCAUUCUUCCAUUAAAAAUCCUGUCGUGGAGGUAAAUGCCCCACUUCUCCACCCUGGAUUUAUCACAGGGUUUGUGGACGGAGAGGGUUCAUUUAUUAUUAGAGUUAGAAAAAACCCUAAAUAUCGUACAGGGUUUUUAGUCGAAGCUUAUUUCUCAAUUGCUGUACAUAAAAAAGAUCAGAUUAUUUUGCAAGAAAUUCAAUCUUAUUUCAGGGUUGGUAAAAUAAGAAAAGAGGUAAACGAUAUAGUAAAAUUUAGAGUCGAAUCUGUAAAAGAUAUUGCUAACCAAAUAUUGCCACAUUUUGAAAAAUAUCCUUUAAUAACUCAGAAGUUAGCAGAUUAUAUUCUAUUUAAGGAUGUUGUGAAUAUGAUGGUAAAUAAAGAGCAUUUAAAUAAGGAGGGUUUAAAUAAAAUUGUAUCAAUAAAGGCUGUAAUUAAUCUAGGUUUACCCGAUGAAUUACAGCUUUAUUUUCCUGACAUUAUACCUACUAUGAGACCUUUGGUGCAAAAUAAAACAGUACCUAAUAACCACUGAAUAGCUGGAUUCACCUCCGCUGAAGGUUGUUUCAAAAUAACGCUAGUGAAACGACCUAAUAGAAAAAUAGAUCAAGUAUACUUGGUAUUCCAGAUAACUCAACACUCUCGGGAUGAAAAAUUACUAGAAAGUUUUAUUUCUUUUUUUGGGUGCGGAAUAUUAGAAGCAUCUUCUAGAGAUCCCAUUGCUAAUUUUUCGGUCUACAAGUUUUUAGAUAAUUAUGAAAAAAUUCUUCCGUUUUUCCAAAAACAUAAUAUUUUUGGAAUGAAAUCCCAUGACUUUAAUGAUUGAUGUCAUACUUCGUAAAGAAGAGCCGCAGAAAUAAUCCAAGCUAAGCAACAUCUAUCUGAAGAAGGGUUAAAGCAGGUUAUUUCACUAAAAUCUGGAAUGAAUAAAGGAAGAUCGAUCUAAUUUUCUGUGCUUUGCUUCUGUGCAAGGCAAAAGAAGUGACCAUGCUUCUGUGCAAGGCAAAAGGAGCGACCAUUGCUUCUGUGCAAGGCAAAAGGAGGAGGGCUCCUAUGAAAUAGCGGGUUAGGUUAGUUAGUUACUUGCGGUUAUAUGGUUUUAUUUUGCUAUGUUGAAGGAGUUUUUACCGAGUAGGACCACUAUAUAUUUAAAUAUCUACAUAGUCCGAGGUCGGAGAUGGUGGGGUAUAUAAUUCUUUUUUUAGGAUAGCUUCCUACUUCCCGUAUUUAGCAGGGGUGGUAGAGUACACAGUACAUAGUACGAUUAGUGAUAAUUUAUCUCUUAACUAUUAUCUUUUUUUUUUAUUAGACGAUAAGCCAAAGCACGUCGCGCUAUUUCAUAGGAGCAAGAGCAUGUAUGUUUAACAGAACCUUCUGUGAAGGAUACGGUUUAGAAUUUGUAUGAUAAAUUUUAUGGCCAUGUUAUCAGGUGUACAAAGUCACAGUGGACCAAGUGUUGAUUUAGCUAUAUUUGCUUUACACUUGUCAGGUAUAAGUAGUUUACUGGGAGCAGUAAACUUUAUUACCACUAUUUUAAAUAUGAGAAGUCCGGGGAUUAAACUACACAAAUUAGCUUUAUUCGGAUGAGCGGUAAUAGUUACCGCUGUGUUGUUAUUAUUAUCAUUACCUGUAUUAGCCGGUAAACUAUAAAUUGUGCCGGCUUUAAAUCUGGCUAUUUGCUGGAAACUGUGAAAGAUAUCUUUCACACAAUCAGCAGAAAACCUAUUAAGCUUAAACCUAAUAGGGAUUUUCAGAGGCUAUACGCCAGAGUUUAUUUCUUGUAUUGUUUUAGGUGUAAGUUAUUGUCUUCGAAGAGUUUAUAAAAGAGGGUAUAGUUUAAAAUAUAAUAUAAAUUAUGGUACUUCAUCCUUAAUUAAAUAAAGGUAAUAAAUCCAACACAGAUUUUUCUCUUUACCUUACAGGUCUUAUAGAGGGAGACGGUACAAUAUUUGUGCCUAAAACUGAAAGAUCUGUUAAAGGUAACCUUAAUUAUCCUUCUAUUAAAAUAGUAUUUCAUUUGAAAGAUUUACCCUUAGCUCUUUUAAUUCAAAAAGAAAUAGGACAUGGGUCUAUUUCUCUAGCGAAGCAGAAAAGGUGUAAAUGCUUAUAUCACCUACAAAACUUUUACAAGUUAAAUAAAUAAGAUAUGGUCCCAACAUACACGUGAGUGUAUGCGUGUUUGCUCUGGACUUAUUAAAUAUAUCUUUAAAGAUAUAUUUAAUUAUAAGUCUUUAAGAUAGUUGCACUAUCAUGAGAUUAUGUCUCGCAAACCAAGAUAAAAUUUUUGGCAAUUAUAAUGGUUUUUAAUCCAUCUAUUUUUUUACAAAAUAUUUAUCACAUUAGCUACUCAAAUUAUUAUAUAGCAUGUUCUUUUUUUUCAUUAUGGCCUAACAAAUUAGCUGUGCAAUCAAGUUUAAAUUUAUAUACUCAAGCUAGGCGUGCUGUGAGUAUACUGGCUAAGCCAAUAGAAGAAAAUUUAAAUCUAAUAAAGUGUUCUAGUAACAAUAAAUAUGAAUAUCUAGCUUACUAUUUAGCCGGGUUAAUCGAGGGUGAUGGUCAUUUAAAUACACCGCCUAUAGGAAAAGUUAUAACUCCUUCAGGUUCAACUAGAGUAGCGCAAAUAGAAAUAGUAUUUGCGCUUAAAGAUAGACCUUCCGCUGACUUAUUACAAAGUAUAUUUGGUGGAAGAGUUUAUUUGCGUAAAGAUGUAAAAAUAGUUAGAUGACUUAUUCAGGAUAUUAAAUGUCUUACUAAUGUAGUGAAGACAGUUAAUGGUAAAUUUAGAACACCUAAAAUUAAUUCUCUUUAUGCUAUGAUAGAUUAUUUAAAUGCUAAAGGGUUGGAUAUUAUAAAACUACCUCUGGAUUGUUCUGAAAUAAAUAGUAAUUCUUGAUUAGCAGGGUUUAUAGAUGCAGAUGGCCAUUUUGCUAUUAAAGGAUUUACUUCAAAUCCUAAAACAUAUUUAGCCUUUCAUUUUCAAUUAUCACAACGAAAAACCGAUAAGAGUGGUGAAGGUUUAACUAAGUUAAUGUUAAAGUUAGCCGAAUUUUUACAAGUAAAAUUAAGCAAUAGAAUUUUUUCAGAUAAAUUUGUUCAAUUAUUGGUUAAUACUUCGAAUUCAGCCAGCAAUCAUAUUUUAAUUAGCUAUCUAGAUAUUUAUCCUUUAUUGAGUUCAAAAUAUUUGGACUUUAAAGAU